AUGUCUGAUAAUCACUGCGCCAUUCUCAUGCGUACAUCCAACGACUCUGGUAAAGCCAUUUUGUCUCCUGGACCACCGCCUCAACAUGUACCCAGAGACAAAGUCACUGCAGAUGUCGAAUACGAAGAAGGUGAAACAUUUGCGGAGCACUAUGGUAAAGUUUCCGGCACCGUUCGUUUGAGGCACUGGACACUCGCCUCGUGCUAUCAAGUCGUAUCCAUGACUCUGGGAAGACAAGCCACAGAUAACGGCUGGGAAGCAGCUAUCGGAUACCUGCAGUAA